AUGGAACCCAACAACCUCAACAAAGAACAAGACAAGAACUCGUGGGUCCUUAAAGCAUGUACCCUUCUCUCCAAAAUCCGUGACCAGUCACCACUCAUCCAGUGCAUCACCAAUUUUGUUUCGAUGGAUCUGAUGGCCAACACACUCUUAUCUGCUGGUGCCUCACCAGCCAUGAUCCACUCUAUAGAAGAAAUUCAAGACUUCACUCCUAAUAUCCACGCGCUUUGUAUUAACGUGGGCACACUCUCUCCUGCCUGGUUGCCAGCCAUGAGGGAAGCUGCUCAGGUGGCUACUAAAGCAGGGAAGCCUUGGGUUCUUGACCCUGUUGCUGCUGGAGCUUCUGGUUUCCGGUUGAAUGCUUGUUUGGAGCUUGUGGGGUUGAAGCCCAGUGUUAUUAGAGGAAAUGGGUCCGAGAUUAUUGCUCUUUCAAAGGCUUCUAUAGGAGCCUCCAAGGGUGUAGACAGCUCUCACGAGUCAAUGGGUGCAAUGGAAGCAGCGAAGUCCUUGGCUCAAUCAAGUGGGGCCAUAGUUGCAGUAUCAGGCGCUGUUGAUAUCAUUACAGAUGGCCACCGAAUUGUUGGUGCUUAUAAUGGAGUCCCCAUGAUGCAAAAGAUCACAGCAACAGGAUGUGCUGUCACUGCCCUCAUUGCUGGGUUUGUUGCUGUCGAUCCGUUGCAUGCUUUGGAAGCAACAGCUUCAGCAUUGUCCAUAUUUGGUAUUGCUGGAGAAAUCGGAAUGGACAUGGCCAAUGGUCCAGCUUCACUGCGAAUGCACUUGAUCGAUUCCCUGUAUAAUCUUGAUCAAGCUGCUGUAUCUUCUCGUUUAAAGAUUACUGGCCUGUGA